ACACCAGUUUCCUCAUUAAACAAUAUAAAAGGCUUUGGCUAGGCUGGAAUCAUUCAGUAUUCCUGUUAUCAAGAUCUGUUAUCAAAUCGUCAAUUCUCUAAGAAAAGAUGGGGCAUUCUCUUAAAGCGAUAACUCUGCUUUUCUUCUACAGUCGCUACUUAUUGAUGUCGUCUUGUGCAACAUCGUAAAACGAAAAGCACCCGAUGGAAAGCUUUACGUAUUUUCAAAGAGAAGGAUGUGUGUCUGUACAAAGUGCAAGUCCUUGUAGAUUGAACUGGAAAUUAAAUCCAUACAUCGCCAAAAUUUACGCUGAGCAAAAUGCUAUCGUUUCACAUGCAGUAAAUCUCUAUGGUCAACUUGGCAUUUCAUUUAGAUGUACAAAGGCUGUGAGAAAAGCCUUAUGUUCACAAGUGACACCAAAAUGUUCUGAAAAAGACUACAGUCGAGAUUAUGGCGACGUCACCAGGCUAUGUAACAAAGUUUACUCCCGUUGUCCUUCUGUUCUCGUAAAUAGUUUGAGAAGGAACAACUUUUGCACAAAUUUGAAAAAGGGAAGACUUUCAAACGGUCAAUGUGUCGCCAAUACUGUACCAGUUGUUGGUGCUUGUCCCCAGCCAGCGUACAAGAUGACACCAGAGUUCUUUAAAGACUACCAAAAGGCGUCCGUAAAAGUCCAAACAGCUUUAACAACUAUUCGUUAUGCCCGAUACAGUGAUGGAAGAAGGAUUUUUUCAGAUACUUGUGCUUCACAAAUGACAGAAAUUCAAUGUGUGCCAAUUUACUGUUCUGCUAAUGAAACGGAGCUUUUAGUAAAAUUCGAUAAGAAUGAUUGCAAUAAGUUAGUCCGCGUUUGUUUUGAUGAACCAUUCAGAAAAUUGUCACAAUCGUCUAGCAUUCGAAGGGUUUUGAAUACCUUAAAAAAACAACUACAAUCCUCUUGCAACAUGUAUCCUGCAACUUCGUCCGACUUGCAGCCUGAGCCUCCAACUAUUGGUGGGAUAUCGCCAACAACAGAUGGAAACACAUUAACAGCAAGUGGAAAUACAUAGUACGAAAGAAGAAACCGAACUUAUUCCUAAUUUGAUCGUCUAUUUCAUUCUCUUGAAUGUGCUUUAAUAGAUUCAGUAUGAAAAAACGCAGUUUCAUGAAAAUAUAUGCAAUUUGGUUUAUUUUCAAUUUUUUAGCAGUUUCACGCAUUUAAACGCUUAACACUCAGCUGAUAAUAUUCAAUAAUUGUCUUAAUAAUCUAUCUGCUCAUUUUCGUGAUAAAUAAUAUAUAGAACAGAAUUAAAUACUAGUGUUUGUGUUGUUGUCA